UUAAAAAUAAUAUAAAUAAUAAUAAUAAUAAUAAUAAUAAUAAUAAUAUUAAAAAUAAAAGUGCGCCACUCGAAAAAGCUUUUUCAUUAAAGCUCGAACGCAUGCCGGUGUGUGCGCGUGUGAGUACAUUCCGAAGCCAGGCUCAAGAGGUCCCUCGAGUGAGUCAAAUAAAUUGAACAAAAUAAAAAAAGUGAACUCUGUGGCAGCUAAUAGAAUUGAAUUCCAAAUUAUUAUUGAUUGAAUAUUAAAAAAAAAAAUAAUAAAUAAAAAAAAAUAUUUAAAAAAUUCUCAUGAAUUUAGUGCUGAGUGCGUGACAUUAAAGUAUUUCCUAUAAAUUGAGCAAUAACUUUACAAAUAAAUAACAAAAAUGUGGUUAAAUUGUUGUUGGAAUAUGAUGGGACCAGCGCGUUUACUGAGAUUAUGUCUCUUUCUUCUGCUGAUCAUCACCAUAGUUAGCGCAGACAUAUCGACUGUGGAACGAAUACGGAAACACAAAGAAUGGCUAAAUCAACGAAAGCAACAGAAGAGCGAUCGUUUGGCGUUGAUCGUGAAUCAACCGAAAUCUAACUACGAAGUGGCUAAUCUGUGGCGCUAUCCCAAACAAGGUGUAGAGCCUGUGCUCGAAACGAGUGCAAAUGAGGUGUAUCCAGAGAGUGAAGCGGUUGCAAAGGCCAUACAACAACAACCGCCUACCACAACAACACCGACAACUUCAACGCUACGCAUAACAACAACAACAAAUGGAGUGGAGACAACACCAGUUGGCACUACAAUCGACAACACCGAGCUUCAAACAGUAUUAGCCGCCACGCCCACCACAGCGGCAGCCACAACCGCAACCGCAACACCUACAAUGCAGCAGCAAUCAACAACAGAGUCUAUUCAAUUUUUAAAUGACUACAAAACAGCAACAGCAACCAAUGAAGCAGCGGUUAAUACGACCACCUCGCGAGUGUUGGUGAGUGGUGUACCUGAAGCGCCUAUUAUUAGCGAUAAUGCGGUGACUGAUGUACCUAAAAUUGUAUUGAGUGCAAAAUCCACUACUACAGUAAGGACAACAAUAACAACGACGACAAGUACUGAGUCACCACCGCGCACAGUGGUUGGCAAUGUGUCUGAUUUGGCGACAAGCGAAAGCUCAGCGGUGACAACAAGCACGAGGCGUCCAAACACCGGUCCACGUCAACGUGCCUAUCCGCGCUGGGGCAACUGGGGCAAAUGGAGUGACUGCUCACGUAGCUGCGGUGGCGGCGUACGCUUUCAGCAGCGCAAAUGUAUCAAUCGCAACUCCUCGACUGGCAAACGUUAUAUCAGCAAUGCGUGCAUUGGCGUCUACAGGCGUUAUCACAUCUGCAACGAGCAGCCUUGCCCUGCUGCGCUCGCGGACUUUCACGCUGUGCAAUGUGCCGCUUUCAAUGAGGUCGAUUUUCAGGGACAAAAAUACACGUGGGAGCCAUAUAUCAAAGAUGAUGCCGAAUGUGAGCUGAAUUGCAAGCCGAUGGGUAUGAAAUAUUUUGCUACGCUGAACUCGUCGGUCAUCGACGGUACGCCAUGCUUUCGUCCAGCUGAAUAUUAUCGCUCCAACUAUAGACAACGUGCGAUGUGUGUGGAUGGCGUUUGUAAGGCCGUCCAUGCCACUGGCAUUAUCACUGGACUCUCGGCCAACAGCGGUUCAGUCAGCUGCGGCGGUUUGAUUUGUCGUCCAAUUACGGGUAUAUUUACGCGCGAUCCAUUACCGGAAGACGCUUAUGUGCACGUGGCCACAAUACCAGCGGGAUCUUCGAAUAUUUCUAUAACCGAACUGGGAAACAGCAUAAAUUUACUGGUGCUGCGUACACCCGAUCAAAAAUAUAUAUUUAAUGGCGAUAAUGUGGCUUCAGAUAGUGGCGCCUACGAAGCAGUGGGUGCGGUUUUCGACUAUCAUCGCAUCGAUGGACUACAGCAUGGUGCUGGUGUAACCGAAUGGAUUACUUGCUUGGGACCCAUAAGGGACAUGUUAGAGUUAAUGAUAUAUAGCAGGUCAACGAACCCGGGCAUCAAGUAUGAAUAUCUGCUGCCUAUAACAUCGGACUCCGAGGAGAAUGAGUUGUCAGUGGAGAGUGAAGGUUUUCUGAAAAAUGGACCGGAAGAAAGUUUUGCCAGCAAUUCGCGUUCGGGUCGUCGACGUCGCUUCAACUGGAAGGUGGUUGGCUUCAGCGCAUGCUCUAAAACCUGCGGUGGUGGCAUACAGACACCAAUUGUACGCUGUGUGCGCGAGAAUCCCAUUCGUUACUAUUCGCAACGCCGUUGUAUGCAUUCGGAGAAACCAAUGCUUAAUGAAAAUCUACUGCGUUGCAACACACAACCUUGCCCCGCUUAUUGGCGCAUAGAGGACUGGAGCGAAUGCCAUUGCCAGCAAGGCGAAGGUUAUCGCGAGCGUGAUAUAAGCUGUGUGCAAGAGCUCGCUUCCGGCAUUGUUAUACACGUGGACAACUCAGCAUGCACCGAUGAGAUGCCCAAUCCGCGCAAACCAUGCGACUGCCCAAAGACUCGACGUCGAUCACAUGCUGCACGCUAUCGCACGGCACAUGCAGGCGCCAACGGUACGCAGCAUCGUGGGCGUGACAAGAAUGACAAAUCCGGCAUUUGGCUAAUGUCCGAUUGGAACCAAUACUGUUCGGCCGAUUGUGGUGCAGGUGUUGAGUAUCGUACGAUUUUCUGCGAUCGCACAAAGCCGAAUACUGAGCGCUGUGACUCGCGUACCACGCCUGAGAUCACGCGCCCAUGUGAACGAGAACGUGAUUGCGAAGUGGGCGAAUGGUUCGCUGGACCGUGGUCACCAUGCAAUGGAAACUGCUUCAAUCUGACACGCAGUCGCCUGGUUUAUUGCAUACACAAUCAUGAAAUAGUGAAGGAUGAGGAUUGUAAGCCGGAGCUGAAGCCACAAUUGGUGGAGAAUUGUUUGCACGAGGAAGUGGAAUACUGCGGACCUCGUUGGCAUUACUCUGAAUGGUCGGAGUGUUCGAAAUCGUGUGAUGGUGGCACUCAGCGACGUUCAGUCAAAUGUUUGGAGUACGAUGAACGCGAAGCGGCAAUGCGCGAAUCGGCUAAGUGUCGGUACUCGCUGCGCGAACCGAUCUAUCGCAGCUGUAAUACGCAAAGAUGUGAUGAACCCCAUUUGGAGCUGUUGCAGAAUGAUGUGGCGGUCUCCUGCGUGGACGAGUUCAACAACUGUCAGUGGGCCGUCAAGGCGAAGCUCUGCAAUUACGAUUAUUACAAGCAAAAUUGCUGUUACUCCUGCGGUGCUGCCUAAUCACAGGCACACAAAACUGCGUGGAGUGUUACUUAGCAAUAGAAUAUGCUGCAAAAUUUAGUUUAGCAUAAUUUUUGUUUUUAUUUUAUUUUACGUUUUAUAUGUAUUUGAAGAGAAAAAAGUGUAGUAUUCUUAUUUGCAUAGCGUAGCAAACGAUUUGUACUCUUUUUUAUCUACGAAAAAGCUACGGAAGUAAUCGAUGCGAUUUGUUUAAUUACUGCAAAUUCUUAAAACAAAAAAAUAUUUAUCCAAAAGCUUUUGCGUGCAAUUAAGCUUUACACGUAAGCAUUUUCUAAGUAUUUAUAAUUAUGAAGUUAGGCAUAAUUUUAUUAGUUGAUAUUCGUUUUGAGUUCUGUAAAUUAAUGCUCGUAAAUUAAACAAAAACUGAGCUAGUAAUUAUUUUAUAUUUUAUCUUUGAGUUUAAUUAAUAUUGUAUAUGUAUUUAUUUGUAAGGCACAUUCCAUAUACAGACGUACAUAUACAUUUGUACUGGCAGUAAUGAAAUUUUUCACAUAACCGAAUAACCGGGUUUGCAUUGAAGUGCUGGAAUUUAGCUUUAGAUCACUUGAAACAGUCUAUUUUUUGUAAAAAAAGAAACUUUCUGAUGUUUUGUGUCUCAUUCAAAUCCCGUCACUUACUUAGAAUUUAAAGAAAUAUUUCGAAAUUAUUAUUUUGCUAUUUAAAACGAAAAUACAAUACGAGCGUAAUUUUAGUAAUCCGUUAACUCAAAUGGAUCCUAACCUUUAGUGUUCCAUUUCAUGUUUAUAUUGCAAUUAAAAACACUUUUCACCUACGCUUUACUCGGUAAAGAGUUCGAAUUUCUAUUAAACCGUGUUAUUUAUUUUAGAAAGAAAAAACUAAAUGCAAUAAUUUAACUAAUGUGUUCUAAUAGUUUUAUGUUUCUGUCUAAUAUUUUAUAUGAAAAUGUAAUAAUUCAGUAAUAUUUUAUAACUAAUUUAUAAAAAAACAUAUUUACUCAAAUUAUUAUAAUUAUUAUUUUUCACUUUUUAAGUUUAAGCGAACAUUUAGCAUAAAACUGACAAACAAACAAAAGUACAUACUAUAAAAAACGAAGUGCAAAAA